AUGGCUAACACAAGGCUUCAAUCCCUCGAGGAUUUUCUAGCGAAGGACGUCCCAAAUGUGAAAUAUGCGACACCCUCAUCACCACAAUAUGCAGAAUGGCGACAUAUUUACAUCCAGAGCAAUAAAACCACACCAUUGAUGAUCGUGCGACCACAAACCGCUGACGACGUAGCUAAGCUUGUUAAAUAUAUUGUGAAAAAUGGUCUUGAAUUCACAAUACGCGGCGGAGGUCAUGAUAUGAUGGGUCGCUCUCAAGCCCAGGACGCUGUAACUAUCGACAUGAGAGAUAUCAGAUAUGUCAAGAUAUCCGAAGGUAAAAGGACUGCAACGAUUGGAGCGGGUAUCAACAUGAUCCAGUUACAGGAAGAAUUGGAUAAAGAGAAGCUGGCUACCACAGUUGGAAAUGUGGGACAUGUAGGCUAUACGGGAUGGGCGAUAUAUGGUGGCUACGGCUUUUUCAACAAUAACUUCGGACUCGGUGUAGAUAAUAUUGUGGGUGCUAAGGUCGUCGAUAGUGGAGGCAGUGUUCUUGAUACCGAUGAGCACCCAGAUUUAUUGAAGGGCAUUCGUGGAGCUGGAGGUGCUUUUGGUGUUAUUGUCGAGUUGAGAAUCAAGACAUAUCACGUUGAAUCGAUCUUAGCUGGAUGGGUUUUCUUCGAAUGUCAAGACGUCGGCUCGGUGUUUGACAAUAUGUGCCGGAAUUUCUCGCAAUUACUCGAGGAAGAUUUUCCUAACGAGAUUGGAGUUUCAUUGAUGACUACAACGGGUCCUAUGGGAAGAAUGUGUGGGGUCUCGUUCGUAUCGUCGUUUGAAGAUGAGGAGAAGGCAAGGCCAUGGCUCGCGAAGAUCGAAAAGCUGGGCACUUGUGUUAUGAACACGGUGGAAACCACGACUCCUCUCAAGUACCUGCAUGCGCAAUCUGCGUUUGGUUUCAACAGCGCCUACGGCACUUGUCGAACUGCAAAUCUUCUUUCCUUGUCGAAAGUUGCCGGUAAAUUAGGCGACAUCGCUGAAUCACUACCUGCUUUCAGUGGGCCCGCAUUGGUGAUCCAUAUGAUUCGUGGACCUUCGACGGAUGUCUGCAAUUCCUCAGUGUUUGCAAAUCGUCGACCGCACUUCUUGGUCGAGUUGAUUGGCACUAGCGACGAGGAAUCUCAAGCCCAAGAUACCGUGAAAUGGGCACAUAUCUCGCGGUCUACCCUUCAGCAUGCUGAUCCUGAUAACUCCCUGCCUGGUACAUAUGUUUCAUUGGAUAUGUCUGGAGAAUUGACAUACGAAAAUUUGUUCGGCACAAACCUCCCCACCUACAAAGAUUUGAAGGUUAAGUAUGACCCGAAGAACGUAUUCAUGCAACCAUUCUCUCUGAUCAAGAUAUGA